ACCCCUGCUUUACCCGAACUACUACUCCCACCAUGGAUACAAAGAGUUUCCCAUAAGGAAGUUAGACGGUCUACACUUCCGUCUGAAAAAUCUGUUACCAUGGGAACAACGACGCUCUAUUCCAAAUUGUUGUAAACAAAUGGGGAUAACUAAAUUACUUGGAUUCAAUGGGUAAAGUAGACAGUAUAAUUGUGUAAUAUAGCUAGACUAGUUUUAAACGUUUUGCCCGUUUAAAGCAAAUCGAUUAGCUACGUCAGAUAUCUGCAAGUUAACAGCGAAUCUGGACUGAACGUCGAUAGCUAACGUUGACGUUAACUAGCUAGGCUAACUAGUCAACAGUUAUACUAUGUAACGUUAAGAUAGUUGCUAGAAAGCGAAAUAAUCUGCCGUAUUUGGCGGGAGUAAACCAGCUGCAUUUAGUAAUUUAACUGAAUGAAAUCGACACGAUUAAGUCACGUUUGCCAUGCAGCUAAAGUACUUUAACUGUCUAGCCAGCUACAAAGUAUCCGUUGGACUGGCUGUAAAUGUGUGCCAGGUGAUGAGAAACUCACGUUCCUGGUGCUGGCUUUUCUUGAAGUGUCAGACGAACCUUCAUUUGGACAAACAGGUCAGCCUAUGUGGUUAGCGGCUUAACCUUGCGUUACGCAUCCAGCAAGAGGAUUAACUAAGGAUAAACUACUUUGCAUAAUAUUUUCAACAGAUUCUAGAAACAAUUCUAGCUAUUUAUUUAAGUAAGCAAAGUAUGGAGUAGAAUAAUAAACACGAAUCCAGUACAACAUGAAAGACCUGCCAAGAGAGUCAAAGGACCAUCAACUAACGGUGGCACUUCGUAUUCGUCCACUCAAUGAGGCUGAAAUAGAGGAAGGGGCUACCAUCGUAGCUCACAAAGUGGAUGAUCAGAUGGUUGUCCUUUUGGAUCCCUGUGAGGACCCGGAUGACAUUCUGCGUGCAAAUCGGUCGAGGGGGAAAACAUACAUGUUUGAUGUGGCAUUUGAUUUCACAUCUACACAGGAGGAUGUUUAUGUAGCAACCACAAAGAAUUUAAUUGAAGGUGUUAUUUCAGGUUACAAUGCCACUGUCUUUGCAUAUGGACCAACAGGUGCAGGAAAAACCUACACAAUGCUGGGGCUUGAUUCUGAGCCAGGGAUCUAUAUUCGUACUUUGAAUGACCUUUUCAAAGCCAUUGAAGCGAACAACGAAGAUAUGAACUGCAGCGUCUAUAUGUCAUAUCUGGAGAUAUACAAUGAGAUGAUCCGUGACCUACUGAACCCUGCAUCUGGGUAUCUGGAUCUGCGAGAGGAUGCCAAGGGAGAAAUUCGAAUUGCAGGCAUCACUGAAUUCUCCACCAACAAUGCAAAAGAGAUAAUGCAGCUGCUUACAAAAGGGAACAAACAGCGGACCCAGGAGCCCACUGCUGCCAACAAAACGUCCUCGCGCUCUCACGCCAUCCUGCAAGUCACGGUCAAGCAGAAGAACAGAGUGAAGGACAUCAACGAGGAGGUGCGAGUGGGGAAGCUCUUCAUGGUCGACCUGGCCGGCACAGAGAGGGCCUCGCAGGUGAGGGCAAAGACAGAGACACAGAAUCGUGGGAAGAGGAUGAAGGAAGGAGCACACAUUAAUCGCUCCCUGCUUGCCUUGGCCAACUGUAUCAAUGCCCUGAGUGAGAAAGGAGGCAAAGGUGGCCAAUUUGUCAAUUACCGAGAUAGCAAACUGACUCGACUGCUUAAGGAUGCCCUUGGUGGAAACAGUAGGACAGUGAUGAUCACUCACAUUAGUCCAGCGAGCACUAACUUUGAGGAGUCCAGAAACACACUGAUCUAUGCAGACAAGGCCAAAAACAUAAAAACCAAGGUAAAGCGCAACCUGCUGAAUGUCUCUUACCACAUAGCCCAGUACACCAGCAUCAUUGCAGACCUGCGCAAUGAGAUUGAGAGAUUAAGAGCCAAGAUAGACGAACAGGGUCAAGAGCACAAGAAAGGAGAGAGGGCUGACAUACGCGAUGUCCAAGCGGAGGUCCAGCAGCACUCUGCCCAGUACAGCCGCAGGGAGCUGGGCCGGCUGAGAGAGCAGCUGCUCUCGGCCUUCCGGGAGCAGAUGGAGAUCCGUCGCAGCCUGGUGGAGCUGGAGAACUGCAACAUGGAGCUGCAUAUCGACACCUCCAGACACCUGGUCACCAUCUCAGACUGGGAAAGGGAGAGGGCCCGGUGUGCUAAGAAAUGGAGGGAUGAGAGGUACGGCGAGAAGGCGGAUAGAGACAAAGAGCCGGAUCGGGCGCAGGACAGCGGGGGUGAGGACAUGGACUCCACCGAGCCCCAGGACGUCACCGCGGCUCGAGAGGAGAUCAGCACCCUGCUGGCUGAGCAGCGGAAAACCGCGGCGCUAAAGUCGGACUUGGAGGAGAAGCUGGCGAGCAUGAAGCUGAAGUCCUCCAAGAUGGAGGAGCUGCUGCCGAAGAGCAUCAGCAGCGAGGAGCAGCGGGAGAUCCUCACGCUGCUCUGCAGGGUGCACGUGCUGGAGGUGGAGAACACGGAGAUCCAGUCCACCGCACUGCGCCAGGAGAACCUGAUGCGCACCAAGGACUUGCUCAUCCAGCGCUACGAGCACCACAGGACGCUGUGCGACGAGAUCAUUCAGCAGCAGAGAGCCAUCAUCCAAGACCAUCAGAUCCCGGUGCCCCAUGAGCUGGAUGAACUCUAUGCGUUGUAUUACAGUGAGCUGAACGAUCGGACCAUUGACCAGGUUUUCAGCCUCCAUACAAUUACAUCCAGCACAAUAAGGGAUGGAUCAAUAUUAAAAGUAGCGAGGCAGCUGAACCUUGAGGAUUUGAUUCCUGACUCGGAUAAAGAAGAGCUCAGCCCAAGGGUGACUGUGCAAGAGAGCAGGACUGCUCGAAAUCAGUUUCCACCUACUUCAGUAGGUGACCAUGAAAGGUCACCAUUCAGUGAAGGGAGUAAGGUUUUCAAAGCUUCUUCAAAGUCCCGUCUGAUGAAACACGGCCAUAUUUUAUCCAGCCUGCCUCCAUUAACUCAGCUCCCCAUUGGCAAGGACAGCAAUCGGCAGUUUGAGAAGGUCAGCCCAGAGACUAUGAAGGAGAUCGUGUUGGACACAAAGAGCAUCUCCGUGAUCGCAGCCAGGCGGAGAUCACGCAUGCAGGUCCAGGAGCCAGCCAGCAGGCUGUCCAUGGCCAAGGAGAGGAGCCUGGUGUCAGUGCAGUCUCUGGAAGAAGAGUCCCAGGGAAUCACCACCUCCGUCAAGCCAGCGGUCAGCAUCGACAACCUGGCCCUCUCCACCCCCGAUGAGCUAGAGGCCCGGAAAGUUCCACCCAGGGCUCCAGGGAGCUCACAGUCCACCUCCAAAAACCUGCCGAAAGCCAGCAGGAGGAACGACUCCAUCGAGAGGCGUGUGCGGAAGAAGCGCUCCAAGUCUUUUGAGGUCAACUCAAAGAGGACAUUUAAGAUCAGUGCCUCCAGGAAUCCAGGUCUUGUAAGCAUAUCAGACAACAGACUGCAGCAUUCACAAAAUGGAAACCAGUUAUUGCAAAAGAAUGUGGGAAAUCCUUCAACACCACCAGGAACCAAGAUUAAAUAUCCCAUCUCUCAUCACACAGGUGAAAGCCAAAUCCAGAAGCUGGAGAUGCGUGGUACUCCACCAAGCACAAUUCACCAGAAGAAUGCAGAGGGAAGAGGUCAGACCAUCUACAAACGAGUCAGAGGCCCUUCAGACAUCUUCAGCAAAAAUCAGCUGCUUCUGCAGGCUGGGAAUUUUAAACGAACAGUCAAUGUUAAUGCGAGACACAAGGGAACUGAAAGCAACAUCAAAAGUGAACCUCGCCACAGCAAAGGAGCAGAAUAAAUUUUGGAACAACAGGAAACUGUUUGUAUGGAUGUGAAAACAUGUGUUCCAAAAGGACAAAGUCAUUAUCCCUCAUCAGCAUUUCAGUCCAAAUGAAACUUUAGUUUUGAAGGAGCUCUUUUGGACUUGGUCACUGGUAGAGUACACACCUCAAGUGUGUGAUUUUCACACGAUGUGAAAAUCACAUACAUUUCACUUGACCUUCUCUUGCUUACUUUUCGUACAUAAUUUGUACAGAGAGGCUUAUGACUAUAAACUAUAUUUAGUGAGCAAUACAAUGCUUUGUUGUUUUGCAAGAAAAAGAUGUGCACGACUGAAUGUAUUCUAUAAGUAGCCUACUCUCUGGCUUUGUUCACUUCUGUAGAAAUGGUCAUAUUCAGUAAUAUAUUGGUACAUAUUGUACAUCUGUACAUAUUGUACAAAGUUAAACCAUUUUUCAUAUUUAUCUCAAAACCACACUCAACUAAUGCUAAUAAUUUAAAAUAUUUUAAUAGUACACUUGCUUUUAAAAUAAUGUAACAUUGUCCUGGAUUUGUUUAGUAAAGGAAUAGUUCUUUUUCUGGGGUUUUAGGGUGUUUUUGAUGGGCCCAGGCUGUUUUUAUAUGCAAUAAAUUAUAUUUUAGAAACUUACAGAUGUUCCUGAUGGCCAGCCGACAGCUGGUUUUGUGGCCAAAAGCAAGAACAUAACCUUCAAAUGACUCAAAAGCAGCUUGUAGUGAUGACAUGUUUGUAACCGCUGUACAUAUAAACAGAUUCAGCCUCUGGUAAAAUAACAUUUUACCAGAGUUACAAAAUGUCAAAUUGUACUGUGGCCUGAUUUUGUAAUGGGGAGCCAGUUCAGUAGACUGGAAAUGAGUAUGAAUUGAUUAAUUAAAACAAUAACUGAAUCACGUCUGCUCUCUUGCUUUGUUGCUUGCAGAGUAUAGUUUUCAAUAACCAUCACUGUAUUGUAGGUUGCAUGCACCAUAUGAAAAAGUUCCAACUGAAAUGAAAAUAAUUCUCAGAAGAAUACUUUCUUACUCAACACCAGACAACCCUGAAUUCCCCAUACCAGCCACUGUAAAUCCAGCUGGUCAUCAGAAACUUCUGUUAGCAUCUAAUAUGCUGUAUUGCACAUAAAAAAUGGGCCAGUAAAAAAAAUAAAAACACUGAAACUGAAAUCAUUACAAAACCACAGCAUGUGAACUAUCCUUUAACACGGGGGUGCACAACACCGGAGUGCACAACUUAAAGUGCAACUAUUAUGUUAACACCCCCCAGUUAAUGUCCGAGGAAACUACGUAGGAUUUAUUUUUCUUUUCGGAUAAUGCUUAUUACAACUGGACUUAAUUUUGUAAUGAGCAACAGAAAAACUUGAUUGAGGUGAAAAACCGAGUAGUAUGGGGGAGUCUAGCUACACAUUCCAAAAAUGACAGUAUGUAAUAAAGCCAAAUUGAAUCAAUGUGAAUUUAGCUACUAGAUAGCUACAAAGCUACUUGGCUGUCCAGUUGUCACUAAUAUUGAUAAAUGUGGCACUACGUAUAAAUGUAAAUAACUUUUUAUAGACUACGUGGUAGCUAGUUAGCUAAUCACUCCCAAUGCCUCAUUGCAUAUGGCUCACCAAACUAGUACAGAAUCUUGGAUAUGUUGUUGGAGGCAGAUGUGAAUUCCAAAGCUAAACUGACCACAGAAUGAACAUGCUGUCUGUGUGGACUACAGUAUGAUUGGGAGAGCUAACAACAAGUAGCUAGUAUCAAACUGUGGCUAACUGCGCCUAUUGAAUUAAGGUAAUUACAUUACAUUCAGUUAGCUAGCUGACACUCUUACAGGGCGUUCUCAACGAUUCUGGCACUCAACACAUUUUAAUCCAUUUCUAUGUAGAGGCUGUACAGCGCAUGAUGGAUGCAGUCUGGCGUGUUCGAUCUGCGCCAUCAUUUAAGGGAUCCAUCCAAACAAGCUAGUCAAGUUUGGUGAUUCUGGGCCAUUCUAGCUCAUGCUUUUUUUUUUUUAAGGUGAAAGGGGAGGAGGGACAUAAUCCUGACAAAAACAAUAGGGUUGCAGUUUCGCUGCUUGGGCCCCUAAAAUAUCCAGUCGUAUCCAGUUACCAUCGAUAUGGAUCGUUCUUAAUCACGUGACAAUUUUCUUGACGAUGACGUGUUGGAGGACAAGCGGCUGUAGGACCCCAUUCAUUUUGGUGGUCAAUCACAGGUGUACUAGGUCUAGAUGAAAUGGCAUCCUUUAAAAAAUUUUAUGAUGGGGUCCAGUCAAUAUCAAUUUUCAGGUUGGACGGUUGACCUGGAUGGUCGCUGUAUUUAUAUGCUUUGUAGUUGACCUGAGAUUUAAAAAUUUUUAUUUUUGGCAGAAAAAUACAUUGAGUUCUAUGCUACAUUAAUGGCAUUUUGGCAGACACUCUUAUCCAGAGCGACAUACAGUUGAUUAGACUGAGCAGGAGACAAUCCUCCCCUGGAGCAAUGCAGGGUUAAGGGCCUUGCUCAAGGGCCCAACAGCUGUGCGGAUCUUAUUGUGGCUACACUGGGAUUCGAACUACUGACAUUGGGGACCCAGUCAUGUACCUUAACCACUACGCUACAGGCUGCCCUACGGGUAGGUUGUCCUCCAGAAUAGCACAUGAGUCAAGCACACAUGGUUUGUGAUGAGUAUUAGGAAUGAUCAAUAGCUCGCCAAAAACAUAACGCUUGUGAUAACAAUCCUCAAGUAAUAUGCUACAUAAGCAAAGUGCUAAGAAAUAGGGAGAUGCCAGAUGAAUUCCAAGGUUAAUUCUUGAAUCUAAGAUGAGGUGGUUCAUCUGCCUGCCUCAGAAAAUUCAGAUUGUUUUUCUCUUUUCAAGUACAGCUAUGUUAACCAUUUCACUGAACUGCUGUGGGAUUGCUAUAAUUGUUGACAAUUUGAGUGUGGAGUCUGUUGUGGUAUGUCAUUGGCUGAGAGGUUUUCAUAAAAACAAAAUAAAAAAAAUAAAAAAACAUUUGGAAGGAGACAUGGCUUCAUGUCAUGGAGAAAACUAUUUUUAAAAUUUUUACAUUUAAAAUUGUACUUUAAGACAAGCCAGGGCCUUCAUUCUAUGCUGUAUGUAUAAUGCAAGAUUCACAGUUGAUUUCAGAUAACUGCUGUCAAAAGGUACAUGCUGCAUUCUGUACAUAUGCUUAUAUGGAACAAUGAUUAUAGUACUGACAUUUCAAUAAUACAUUAACUUACAACCACAAGAAAGCUUUAACAACUUACAAUGUAUCAUGGACAAAAGUGUUAUUUACAAAUAUAUACAGUUGUUUUUUGGACAAUAAAACGGAAGAAAAUCUACCCUUGAGCCAAACAAAAAUCUACCUGUAAAACUGAAAGUUUAAAAUGUGUUUGCUUUUUUCCUUUUGUUCUUACACUUACAAUACAUACGGAUCUGCAUGAAGAGAGCAAAGAAUUAAAAAUGGACACUACUCAGUUGUCAAAUUUUCUGGAGGGAACUGUCACCAUUAUUAUUGUAGAAUUAACCUGUUUAACAUUUGAGAUUUUACAGCCUUUACUAAAAAUUUGCAGUUGUAAUGAAGAAAUGAAAAAAGAUUCCUGUGUCAUAAAAUAAACUCUUUCAGUACAUGCUGGAAAAAGGA